GACGUGCCUCAAGGAAAUGCUUCCUCUAGGGGCUGGUCUUAAGGGGUUGUUGCUGCCAAAGGAAUGCCUGCUGAGAAGAGUACUUCAAUAAAAACGGGCAGGAGUACGGAAAGAAGGAACAGAAAGAACACUGAGUGUGGGGUGACCAGCCACACCUGGGAUAAGGAACGGCAGAUGGGCAAGACAAAGAAAUCCACUUUUCUUCUUAAAGGAGCUUGCAAGCAUUCCUCACUAUCCCUGGAAGCUGCCACUUACUAGACAGAGAUGUCAGAAGACAGAACAUAUCAGCACAAUUCCUACCCCAACACUUUCAUUGAGUCCCAGAGAAACAUACCUGUUCAUUUCUCAAGGCAUUGACUACCAUGGAAACCACGAAUCAUAACACACCUGAGGAUGGAUCCGCAUCAGCAGGUGGUCAGAGGACCGCUGGCAAAGAUGGUCUUUUGUUACUCAAUGCUGUUAAAAAGGGAGAUGUUGAUAGGGUCCAGCAACUGUUAGAACAAGGGGCUGAUGUCAAUGUCUGUGACGAGUAUUGGGGCUGGACACCUUUGCACAAUGCAGUGCAGAUCGGCAGGGUAGAUAUUGUGAAUCUCCUGCUUGGUCAUGGUGCUGACCCUCGUCGGAGGAAGAAGAAUGGGGCCACCCCCUUCAUCAUUGCUGGGAUCCAUGGAGAUGUGCGCCUGCUCCAGAUUCUCCUCUCUCAAGGUGCGGACAUCAAUGAGUGUGACGAGAAUGGAUUCACGGCUUUCAUGGAAGCUGCCGAGCGUGGUAACGUGGAAGCCUUAAGAUUCCUUUUUGCUAACGGAGCUGAUGUGAAUUUGAGACGGGAGACAACGGAGGACAAAAAGCGAAUGAAGAAAGGAGGCGCCACAGCUCUCAUGAGCGCUGCCGAGAAGGGGCACUUGGAAGUCGUGAAAAUUCUCAUCAGCGACAUGAAGGCGGAAGUCGAUGCUCGGGACAACAUGGGCAGAAAUGCCUUGAUCCAUGCUCUGCUAAACUUCAACUGUGAAAAUGUAAGUAAACAUGUGGAGGAGAUUACUUCAAUUCUGAUUGAACAUGGGGCUGAUGUUAACGCGAGAGGCGAUGGAGGGAAGACACCCCUGAUCUCAGCAGUGGAGAGGAAGCACACAGGUUUGGUGCAGAUGCUCCUGCGUCAGGAGGGAAUAAACAUCGAUGACAGGGAUAGCACGGGCAAGACAGCUCUGCUAAUUGCUGUUGAACAACAACUGAAGGAAAUCACCCAGUUGCUUCUUGAAAAGGGAGCCGAUACCAAGUGUGGCGAUCUUGUUGGGAUAGCCAGGAGGAAUUACGACCAUUGCCUUCUAAAGCUUCUUUAUAAAUUUAUUCAUGACACCGACCCUCCUGCUGUGGACUGGUUACCUCACAGUUCACGUUGGGGGGAAGCCUUGAAAAGACUUCACGGGAUGCCUCGACCCAGGAUUGGCAAGCUCAAGAUCUUCAUGCAUGAAGACUAUAAAAUUGCUAACACCUCCGAGGGGGCCGUCUACCUAGGGAUCUAUGACAAUGGAGAGGUGGCUGUGAAGGUCUUCUAUGAGAAUAGCACACGUGGAUGUAAGGAAGUCUCUUGUCUGCGGGACUGCCGUGGCCACAGUAACUUAGUGGCUUUCUAUGGAAGAGAGUACUACAAGGGCUGUUUAUAUGUGUGUAUGUCCCUGUGUGAGUGGACGCUGGAAGAGUUCCUGAAGGCACCCAGAGAGGAACCUGUGGAGAAUGGGGAAGAUAAGUUUGCCCACAGUGUCCUGUUGUCUAUAUUUGAGGGUGUUCAAAAACUACACUUGCAUGGAUACUCCCAUGAGGACCUGCAACCACAAAACAUCUUAAUAGAUUCCGAGAAAGCUGUUCGGCUGGCAGAUUUUGAUCAGAGCAUCCAAUGGCCGGGAGAGUCACCAAUAAUCAAGAGAGACUUGGAGGACCUUGGACGGCUGGUUCUCUAUGUGGUAAAGAAAGGUGAGAUCCCCUUUGAGACACUAAAGGCUCAGAAUAAUGAAGAGUUGCUUACAAAAUCUCCAGAUGAGGAGACUAAAGACCUCAUUCACUGCCUGUUUUCUCCUGGAGAAAAUGUGAAGAACUGUCUGAAGAACCUGCUUGGCCACCCUUUCUUUUGGACUUGGGAGGACCGCUAUAGAACACUUCGGAAUGUGGGAAAUGAAUCUGACAUCAAGGUUCGAAAGAAUGAAAGUGAGCUUCUCAGACUGCUGCAGCCUCAGACACUUGAGCCUCCCAGAAGCUUUGAUCAGUGGACAUCUAAGAUCGACAAAGAUGUUAUGUGUCAAAUGAAUCAUUUCUAUAAAACCAGCCAAAACCCUUAUCGGGAUACUGUAGGUGAUCUACUGAAGUUUAUUCGAAAUAUAGGAGAACACAUCAAUGAGAAAAAAAAUAGGAAAAUGAAGGAGAAACUUGGAGACCAUUCUCGAUAUUUUCAGGAGACAUUUCCAGAUCUUGUAAUUUAUAUCUACAAGAAACUAAAGGAAACAGAAUACAGAAAACACUUUCCUCAGGCUCCACCCCGCCUCAGUGUGCCAGAGGCAGCAGGACCAGGGGGAGUAUAGAGCUGAGUCUUGCAAGUCCAUGGGACCAUUUUUUCAAUCAGUAUAGUUCUUGGCAAGUUGCAUGUUCCUGGUCUCUUAAGCAGCCUGGUUGCUUGUGAUCGAUGAGUUAGAUAACCAGUGUAUCAGGUUCUGAUACAGUAAGUUCUACACAUUUGCAGGGUCACAAAAGCAGUAUACCACAAAACUAUGCUACUCCAGUUUAGUGGACGGAAUUGGGAGAGCCUUUUGUUAAGAUUUCAUAAAAAAACAAAACAAAACAAAACAUUAGUGUGUGUGUGUGUGUGUGUGUGUGUGAGAGAGAGAGAGAGAGAGAGAGAGAGAGAGAGAGAGAGAGAGAGAGAGAAAGACAGAAAGACAGAGACAGAGAGACACACAGAGAGAGACAGAUGAGGGGGAUGCAACUGUAGAGUUGGUUUUUUCUUUCUACCUUCACAUGGGUUCCAGGGAACAAAUUCAUGCUGUGAGGCUUGUGUUGCAAGCAUCUCCGCCCGCUGAGUCAGGCCCGCUAGCAUGAUUCCUGUUUUUAAUUGCCUCAAAGAGAUAGAUGAGUGUCAAGACUCCUGUAGCUGUAUGUUUUAUAUUUAUCUUGUUUAAUCCUUCCAGUGAGCUUACAGAACAGAAUUUAUUGUCUCCAUUAAAGAACUGAGGCUCAGAGAAUCUGAGUAACUUGCCCAGGAUCACACAGUCUGUGCAAAUCAUUGUUAAAAAUAAAUAAAUAAAAUAAAAGACACGAUGUUAUUGUUGCCUCUCAAAUGGGGGCUUCGUCCAUUGUCUCUUCUGGAUGAAAUUUCAGAAUAGGCUUAUGUAUGCCAAAAGGGCUCCAGAGAAGCUUCAGUAUUUGCUGGGCACUGUAUAAGCCUAGGUACUAGCUAAAUGAAUUCCAUUCCUUCUGGAAGCAUCUGUACAGGUGUCUCAUGACUUCAAGGUAAUAGCUCUCACUUGAAGCUGGGGGUGGGGGGGAGGGAUGGCACUACUGUCAUUGAGUAAGGAGGAACCAGUGAUGCCAGCAAACAUUCUGGGGAUGCAUGAAGCAGCUACCCACAGUGCCACACUAGGCAGACGACAUAUCAGUGAUACUAAGGUGGAGAAAGACUGUCUGAAAAGAGUGGAACACUGCUGAGCUGGCUCUGGACCCAGGACUGUGGAAUGCAUUGAACACCCCCAAAAGAAUGAUGUGGGUUUAGUUUCUUGAUGUUGUAUCUGAAAUGAAGCAACUCCUUCUGGUGUCCACUCAGGAGCCCUCAUCUUCCCUCACUUCCUGUGCUCCAUGGUGCAAUGCUCUAUUUGGGGUGCUCUCUCUAGCUCUCUGACACACUGUCACCUCAGUGCACGCUUCAUUCUAUUUAGUCCUUUUGUGCUGCAGCCCUCCUCCAGUCAAAGCCCUAGCCUUAGGGCCUUAGUAUCUUUACUACUUAGUAAAAAUGUUUGCUCUGUGGCAAUGCUUGAUAAAUCUUCACUAAAUAAUCAAUGGACCAUUUUUGUAUGUGGAUGAUGAUGAUGAUAAUGAUAAAUUGUAUGGCACUUUAGAAUUUACCCAUUAUAUCUAUAUAUUUUUAAAUUUAAUUUUGUUUUGAAAACAGAAUGUCCAUGUGUGAAGUAUACUCAAUAAAACUUUGAAUUGUUU